UACCGCUACUGGUAGCGGCACCUUUUCAGUAUCCCUUCGGUGCUUUCCAAUUUUAGAAUGAAUCGUCUACAACAGGUGGUGUGUGUGCUGAGUGCCCUGCUCGUGGCAGUUUCCGCGAUCGCUGGCCCCGACAGACGUAUCGUUGGAGGUAUCGAUGCCGUCGCUGGAGAUGCACCAUGGAUGGUUUCGCUGAGGAACUCGAUCAAUCAGCACCUUUGCGGUGGUACGUUGCUGAGUAAUCGGUUCGUCCUGUCGUCGGCCAACUGUUUGUCGGGCCGUUUGGCAACGGCUACGAUGGCUGUUGCUGGAACUCGCUUCCUCAACACAGCAGCCGUGCCGUACUAUGGCAUCCAGAUUAUUACGCAUCCCAACUUUAACGUCAACACGCUCGAGCAUGAUGUCGCGUUGUUCCAGACUGCACUACCCUUCAUUUUGACUCAAGCAAUCCAACCAUUGCCGCUGUCAGCUGAUGUGAUUGGAGUUGCGGUGCGGGCCCGCGUCUUCGGAUGGGGUGCUUCUGCGGCAAAUGGAGGCAACACCAAUGCUCUACAGUUCUUGAACGUUAACACAUUAAGCAAUGAUGAUUGUGCUAACUUCCUGGGAGCGGAAGGUUGGCGUAUUGGACCAUCGUCGUUGUGUACGCUGACUCGCGAAGGACAGGGCAUCUGCGGGGGUGAUGAGGGAGGUGCGCUCGUGCUGGACAACUAUGCCAUCGGUGUGGCAUCGUGGGGCAUUCCUUGUGCCACAGGUCGCCCUGAUGUGUUCGUGCGUAUUUCGGCGGUUCGAAGCUGGAUUCUUAACUUCAUCUAAAUG